AUGGCCUAUAUCAUGGCGCUCCGCAAGCGCACCGGCUACGACUCGAGCUUUUCCUUCACGCUCCUUUUCUGGAUCGGCGUCGUGGACCUGGUGCAGCUGUUCGGUCAUACGCAUGCGGCGAUCAUGUUGCUCACGCUGGGGAGGAUCAACGAAUUGGCAUUUAUAAUCGGCGCAUUUGUGGAGGCCGGCUUUUUCAUGACCGGGUUCCUAACGAUGCUCCUCCCGAUCCACCGAUUUAUUUACAUCCUUUGGGCCGUCCGGGCCCCAAUGAUUGCGAAACCUGGGAUUCUGAGGGUAAUUCUGCGAUUUUAUCUCGGCGUUGCUAUAUUUUGGGUGCCCUACUUCUUGCCCGUCACCCCGAUUGCCUUUCUCCCGGAAAUAUCCCACCCUCGUAAUCGCCUGAUUAUACACUUCGUCUCCGAGAUGGUGUGGGUCAUGUACAACGGGGCCAACCCGGUCAUCUACCUGGUGUUUCAUAGGUCGAUGAGCUUCAACUCCGACCUCCUGAAGGCAAAUUAUAUCUGGUUCCCAAAUCCGUACAUUUACUACAAUUUUACGAAUGGGACGCAAAUUGCAACGGUCGAGGCGAGAUUGGCAUACGGAAGCAUUAAAUUCGUCCUCUCCCUAGUGCUGUUUAUUUUCGAAAUCGCAUACUUAAUGUCCCUACGCAAACGAAUGGGGUACGACUCGAAGUUCUCGUUCACAUUGUUGUUCUACAUCGGGAUUGCCGACUUAUUGCAGCUGUUGUGUCAUUUGAUUAGCGGCUUUAUGCUAAUGUGCUUGAUGAGCAGCUCGGAGUGGACUUAUGUUUAUUGGGGCUUCACCUACAACAAACUAAAGCCCGACUUGAACACGUACAUGCGUAUCGUAGAGGAAUGGAGCGUGUUGGCGCCGAUUGUUAUCGGAGCGUUCUUGUAUUCUUGUAUUAUCGUCACGCUUUGUUAUAGGAUUUUCGCGGUCCUGAUCGUCUGCACAAUUUGCUACGUGAUGUGGUAUCGGUUUUUGGAUGCGAUACGCACCGAUGACCAGCACUUCAAGCGCUUCUUGUCGGACCUCGUUUUUGUCGUUUAUAACGGCAUGAAUCCGCUGAUCUACUUUUUAUUCCAUAGGAUCGUCGUCCUCUAUGAAAACAAGUUCGGCUUAUGGCCCGAGAUCGAGGGUGGGGUUAAUGGCGGGAUACCUCAGAAAGCCGACCUCGAUGCACAUCUGAAAAAAGCGAAAACCGACUUGAAGACGCUGGUUCCGGACCCAAAUUUCGAUGGAAUUAUCGUAAUCGACAUGGAGCACUGGCUGCCCGUUUUCGAGAUGAAUUGGGACAAGAAAGAGCCGUACCGAGUCGCGUCGAUGAAGUACGCACGCGCCAAAUAUGACGUUGAAGAGAUGAGCAAGUCGAAGCACACGAAAUACGCCAAAAAGGAGUUUGACAAGGCGGCAAGGCUCCUCAUAAAAUCAACAAUAAAAUCGAUACGAAAGUGGAGGCCAAAAGCGAAGAUCGGGUUCUACGGAUUUCCGUAUGUGACGACGGCGAUCGGAAAAGCCGGGGCCAGCUCGCACGCGUCAGAUAUCACGCGAAAGGGGAAUGAUCAACUCGACUGGCUGUUCGACCUCCUCGAUUACCUGAUGCCAAGUAUUUACCACUACCAGGACAAGAAAUUCAACGAUUUCAUCCAUGUCCGGGGGACUCUAGAAGAAACCCUUCGUGUCCAGAAGACGCACAACAAGCCGAUAUUGGCAUAUACCAAAUUUGAGAGAAUUCCAUAUGGGAAAACGAGCCAGAUGUAUUAUGAUGAGAGCGCCUUGUGUUCUAGCAUCCAGCUAGCUUGGCAAAUGGGAGCUGCGGGCCUGAUCUUCUGGUCCACCGACAAGGCUAUGAAGGAAAGAUGCCCGGCUUUGUCCACAUAUGUAAAUGACAAACUCAUACCAUACUUGAAAAAGGAAGUGAACGCGGCAGAAGAUUGCGCCCAGGAAAUGUGCGGCGGUCACGGGAGGUGUUAUACGGAAAAAGUCUACAACCUCGAUAGCUGCAGAACUUUCAAAAAUAGUGAGAUGAAAUGUCGAUGUGAUAAGGGUCGGCGCGGGUCGAAAUGCGAGAAGCAGACCAUGCUA